AUUGCUCAGGAUAUAUAUAAUCCAAACAACCCUCCUAAAGAGCAACUUUAAAAAAGCCCUCCACGUCUGGCAAAACUUUUUCCUUGUAAAUAAAAACACAGCGUCUAAGCAAUUUCUGCAAAAAACAAUUUCCAUAUGCUUAAAUUUUAAGUCAAGAAAAAGUGUCCCAUUGUUUGUGGAUGAAAGCCUGAACUUAAUUGGGCUUUACUUUACAGCUCGUUACUGUCCGGAGACUAGCUAAGAGAGCAGGACAGGCAAGCACGGACUCGCACAGCCCUCCUGCACGUCUCGAACGUGGGGCCUGAGGUUUGCAUUCGCAUGGCUAAAUGCUAAUCCCAGUGUUUAAAAUCAGAAGUCAUCCUUCACCUGGAAUACACUUUAACUGAGGUUUUUAAAAUCAGAAAUCCAUUUCCCUCAGAAUUUGUUUCUCAAACCACCGGGAGCUGCGGAAGCUGCAAACGUGGUACGUGCUUGCGACCGCACGUUUUUAUUUUUGGGCACAGCAAACGCGGACUCUUCCUGUUUCACUCAACUUGCCAACAUCUAAAUCAAGGACAGGGACAUUCGGCGUGUGUGACACACAGACGGAGAUACGCGGAACACAUUCACUCACACCGGUGCCCGUUGAGAGGAAGUUCGGGAUGCAGUAAAAGUACAUUCUCGAGCUGAGCCCAGGUUUCAAGUAACGCCCGUUUCACAAGGCACUUACGCCUCUAAAGGAGCGGUGCCCCUGAAAAUAGCACACCAGGGACGCAUCAUUUAAAUAAAUGCUUUUCUUUGCCCGAACAGAAGUUCAGAUCUGCUCAAUGAUCAUUAAUUUUGUUCUUUGAUUUCCUUUGAGAGCAUGAACAGAGAGAACUCGUGCCCUUUGAGGCUGCUGGAGCUGCCCUCCGCAGGGUGGUGUGACCCGCGAUUUCCGCCCCCCCCCGCCCCCCACCGCCGCGGCGCGCAGAUCAGGGGAUGGGGAAAAGAGUGCUUGUGUGUGUAUAUUUGUGAAAAUGUGCCAACUCGCCUAGAAUUAAAGAAAAAGUGGAAACGUGGGUGAAAAACUCAGUGCACAUGUUGGCAGCAUCUAAAAAUGAUGUUAUCUGUCCAGAAUCCUCAGAACAGGUGUCCCAGGAAUGAGUCCGGAACCGUGCAACAGGCGACAGAAGAGUCCACAAACCUCAGCCACCGCGAUCGUUUUUUAUUACACCCAUAAAAAGCAAACCCUGGGUUUCCACCCGUGCGCCAAAGCGCGUGGAUAGACGCGGAAACCCAGUAGCCCUCUCCUUCAUCCUGCGGAGUUUUCCAAGCUGUGCGAGAGUUGGGGUGUGUGGGGCAGGGUCUGCAGUCCUCAGGUUUAGGGUCGAGUCGUGGGGGAGCGCGGUGGGCGGGGGUGGCAUGCGGAAGGCGGAGGAUAGCGCGCAAGCCAAAAAGCGCAAAAGGCCCGGGGCUCACGCGGUACCCGUGGCGAUUAGCUCCAGCAACGCUACCCAGGAGGGCGGACUCUUUCUUCACUCUCGCCGUCUCCCCCGCCCUCUUCCUUUUUAAAGGACGCCUUGCAGGCAGAGCUGUCAGCUAGCGGGAGGUCGUUUGUACUCGUCCGCAGUCAGGCUGACUCCCGCGCUCUUGAUAGACAGGGGCGGGCACUGAGGGGCCGCUGGUCCAGGGACCAGCACGUGGGGAUCUCAAAUACUCCUGCCUUCCGGCUCUGUUUGUGAGCCGGUGACAGCCCCAAGUCCGGGCACUGUGCGGCCCGGGAGUUGUCAGCCCCGGGCGCGAUGGCUCCCUUGAGGAGUGGAGAGGGAGGUGGUCAAGGGUUCCGCGCUCCCCUUGCGCUGGGAGCAUUAUGAGCCGGGCAAAGGACAGCAGCAGCAGCCCCAGCAGCACCUUCUGCAGGCGCCUCCCCCGGGCCCUAGCCCUCUGGCCCCCACGCGCCAUGCCGACCCCUGGACUGCGGACCCCGCAGCGCAGUCCCUGCUGCCUCCCUGGCCCCUGCUAACCCACGCGGGAGUGGCCUCAGCCAUCGAGGCAGCUGCCCACGCCGCACCCCGGGGGAGGCGGAACCGCUGUGCACGCAGAGCCUCGGCUCAGCAGCCCUUGGCUCUCCAGCUGCGUCCCCAUCCCGGCCGCCCACCGCGCCCGCAGCCAUGGGGCCGCUGCUGGCGCUCUACCUCCUUCUGGGCUGGCUGCGCUGGAGCCCGGCAGGCGCCCAGCAGUCCGGAGAGUAUUGCCACGGUUGGGUAGACGUGCAGGGCAACUACCACGAGGGCUUCCAGUGUCCGGAGGACUUCGAUACGCUGGACGCCACUAUCUGUUGCGGCUCCUGCGCGCUGCGCUACUGUUGCGCCGCGGCGGACGCCAGGCUGGAGCAGGGCGGCUGCACCAACGACCGCGGCGAGUUGGAGCACCCAGGCAUCACCGCGCAGCCUGUCUACGUUCCUUUCCUGAUUGUCGGCUCCAUCUUCAUUGCCUUCAUCAUCCUGGGCUCUUUAGUGGCAAUCUAUUGCUGCACCUGCUUGAGACCCAAGGAGCCCUCCCAGCAGCCAAUCCGCUUCUCACUCCGCAGCUAUCAGACAGAGACCCUGCCCAUGAUCUUGACCUCUACGAACCUCAGAGCACCUUCCAGGCAGUCCAGCACAGCGACCAGCUCCAGCUCCACAGGGGGCUCCAUCCGAAGGUUCUCCUUUGCCAGGGCAGAGCCAGGCUGCCUGGUGCCCUCCCCGCCUCCACCGUAUACCACAGGCCACCCGAUCCACCUGACCCAGCCGUCGAGUUUCCUGGUGUCACCCCAAUACUUUGCUUACCCGCUCCAGCAGGAGCCCCCACUGCCUGGGAAGACCUGUCCAGACUUCAGUUCCAGUUGACAGGCCACGGCCAUAAAGCCACCAUGUAGUACUGUGGCAGACAGGUGGAUGCCGCUGCCAUUGCCACAAGUGUUUCUGAGGAAAAUCUCUUGAACCCAGCAAUGGCAUGGAGAGAGUGCUAAGAAAAUGCGACGCCUUCUGGUCUUUAAGUUUCCUGGCUCUGAUCACAGAGCAACUGGGUUAGAUAAUUGCUUUCUUGCUUUGAAAACAUGGUGACCAUUACAUUUCAAUGUAUGCUACUUUUAUUCAAAAUAUACAGCAGCUCAACUCUAAAGUUGCAAACAGGCUGAAGAUUUUUAUUGGACAACUCAGCUAUACUGUUUAGAAAAGGUCUACAUUUUUUUUUCAUUAGAAGUUGUUCAGUGAGUUAUAAUACAAAUAUAUACUUAAAUAAGCAAAGGAAAAUACCUGAUUAUAAUUACUGAAGGUUCACUUAAAAGAAUUAACUACCAAGUAGACGGAGUGGACCAUGAACAACCUAUUUGUGACUUUGGAAGCAAAACCUAACCAGGAGUAAUGUUAGCAUCAUAAGAAACAGUUACUGUUUAAUAACUACAUUUUGUUUAAAAUAUGAGAGCUUUUUCAGAAUGCAAGAUCUCAGUAACCACAGGAGGAGUUUACAGUGUUAAAAUAUUUACUCAGAUGCUCACUGUAGCACAGAGCGUAUAUCAAGGCAUUUCCCUACCACCUGAGGGGAUAUUUAUGGCAGACUUUUUGUUCAGCAAUAUUUCAUGUUUAAAUGAAAGUUGGACAGUUGGGUCUUAAAGCAUUUACAUGUAAAAUGAGUUAUGUACAAAUGUAAAGAUGUGUAAUUUAAUGGAUUUACCCCAUGGACGGUACUAAUUAUUUAGUAGUCACACUGUAAUUUUUUGUAUUAAUAAUAACUGUGGAGUCCAAAGUCCAGCUACUGGUUACAAUCAUCUAAUAUUGCGUAUCACAAAUGCCACUGAAUUCCAUGUCUGAUGGCUACAUAUUUGGGCAUAUAUCCUGCUGGGUGAGAAUAAAUAAAAAUACUUUGUUUUCAUGAAACCU